AUGUCACUCCAGAGCGUGUCAGAUGUGCCGCUUCUCAUCAGCUCCCCCAACUCAUCCUCCGAGCGCCGCAUCUCGCCAUCGUGGAGUAUUGCCCACCUGAAGAGCCGGCUGGAGCCUAUCACCGGAGUGCCUGCGAGCAGCCAGCUGCUUUCUCUUCGAGUUGCAUCUCAGGAUCCUGUACCACUCACCGGACUGGAUGAGGAACAGACGCGUUUGGCGCAGUUCCCUUUGCAGCCCUACGCCGAGAUCACCGUCGUUGACACACGCCCACCUGCGGCCCGAACGAACUUCUCAGAUCUAUCAGCCGUCGACAAAUAUACCAUGCCGGCGGAGGAAUACGAAACUCGAACUGAUAGUGUUCUUGCCUGGAAGAAAGCCCAAAAACUUGGUCGCUUUGAUCCAAACGCGCCAAGCAUAGAGCAACAGAAAGUGCUUGCAUCCGAGCGUGAGAUUGAAGAGAGAGGUCUUGCUGUUGGCGGCCGUGUCCGCCUCCUCCCCGAAUCUGACGCGCGAAGAGGCACAGUAAGUUACACUGGUCUCGUCUCGGAAAUCCCCGGAAUCGGCGCCUGGGUCGGUGUCACGCUCGAUGAGCCAACGGGCAAGAACGAUGGCUCGGUCAAGGGCAAGCGGUACUUUGAGUGCGCGAACAACUACGGCGUAUUCGUGAGACCUGAGCGCUGUGAGGCUGGAGAUUUCCCGGCGCUAGAUAUGGAUGAUGAGGAUUUGGAGGAGCUUUAG